AUGGACACCACAACCCUCCCCACCCCCGAGCACUGUCUCGCCGACUUUUGUCUGAUCCCAAUUGGGACUGCAUCCGCCUCCGUCUCAGCCCAGGUAGCCGAUGUCCAACGACUAAUCGAGCAAUCCGGCCUGAAAUACGUGAUGCACUCCGCAGGAACGACUCUUGAGGGGUCCUGGGACCGAGUACACCAGGUUAUUGGCCAGGCGCAUACCCUUCUACACAAGCAGGGCAUUGUACGCAUUCAGACUGAUAUCCGUGUUGGAUCAAGAACUGAUAAAGAGCAAACCGCUGAGGAUAAGGUGAAUAAGGUGCGGCAGUUGCUGGCUCAGGAUAAGCAAUAG